AUGGAACAGCUGGAAGAUCUUGAAAUAAUUUCUCACAUUAAACAUCUGCAGGAAGAUAUUUAUACAAUGAAAACGUCAUCUAGCAGCAUAAUUAAAAAACAAGAACAACUGCAGAAGAAUUUAACAACUCUCUUCCACGCAGUUUCAAAUGUUGAACAGAAUGCAGCUUCUGUAGCAAAAAACGUAACUUUGGCAAUUGUGACAGUAAAAACUGACAUGAGGCGCAUUUCAGGCCUAGUCUCAGAUAUAAAUGUUUUGACAGAUUCUUUGCAAGCACUGGAAGAUAAAGUAGAAAAAGGUGAAAAGACCACAGUAAAAAACAUAGGUGACCUGCUUACGAGUAGCAUCGACCGAAGUACUAAACUACAAAGCUUGGCAUCCAGUAAUGCAAGAAAAAUUGAGCAAAUUAAGACAGCAUUAUCUGAUUUAAGGAGUGAUUUUAACAAGCAUUCAGACAGGCUUUUGAGUCUUGAAGGUGACAGAGCAAAAGUUCUGAAGACAGUCACAUUUGCAAAUGAUUUAAGGCCCAAGAUGUUUAAGCUUAAAAAGGAUUUUGCCAUCUUGGAGCCUUUAAUAAGUGACCUAACGCUGAGAAUAGGAAGAUUAGUGGAGGAUGUAUUGAAACGAGAAAAGGAAGUUGCUUUACUGAAGGAGAAAUUGGACAAUCUAACAAGAGUUCAAACUGAGGCCAAAGACAUGAAAGAUGAACUAUCCAAGAUUUCAGACAUCAACUGA